AUGAAUUCCAUAGCUCUAAUGAUACCUUCAUUAUCCGGUACUUUGAGUUCAUUAAGAAAGUUGAAACUAAGGGACUGCAAUCUUGGUGAAGGAGAUAUUCCUAGUGCUAUUUCUUGUCUAUCCUCUUUGACAUAUCUUGAUCUUUACGGUAACAAUUUCAACAGCAUACCGGCGUCUCUUACUCGACUCUCCAACCUUGAAACUCUUAUAUUGUCAAAUUGCAGCCUUGAGCUUGAAUCGUUGCCUGUGCUUCUAGCAAGAACGACAAGUGAGAGGACAGGUUAUAGUAAUAGCAUUAUAGCCACUAACUGCUACAGAUUGGCUGAGAACAUUAGUGCAGUAACAUUGCUGAAAACACAUAUUAAGGUAUUUGCGAAUUCAAGAAAAGAGUUUGAUGUUAUUAUACCUGGAAAUGAAAUUCCAGAAUGGUUCAGCCAACAGAGAGGCGGCUCUGUAAUUGAAAUACCUCUGCCUCUCAAUAUUCAGAAUGACAGUGAUUGGAUUGGAGUCGCUUUGCUAUACAGAGCCCAAACAAAGGACCACCUGUUUCUUCGUUAUUUCUCGCGUGAUAAAUUAUACCCAUUGUCCUUCGAGGAUAAAUGUGGUGAAUGUGAAACCAAGAAUUUAUGGACCAUGGAUUGCUCUGAUCAUGAAUGCGAUGAGCUUGAGAUGUCUUUCCAAGGCACAAAUAGAUUACCUUCUUUUAAGGUGAAGAAGUGUGGUGUUAGAAUAAUGUUUGAGAAAGAUUUGGAAGAAAUAAAAGAGCUGCAGUGCCAUACCACUCAAUCUUCUCCAAACUUUGAACAUAUCCCAUCACUCCACUGA